AGUCUACCGAGCCCGAGUGGCCCUGCAGCGUCCUGGAGGUGUCUGCUCCGCCGCAGCGUUCUCGGAGGUUGUGUCGGAGAGCCUCCUAGCACGCGGGCCCGGGAUGGCUCUUCCCCGGCCAGGCGAGGCCGCCCCUCCGGACAAGGUGUGCUACCCCCCCGAGAGCAGCCCGCAGAACCUGGCCGCGUACUACACGCCUUUCGCGGCCUAUGGACACUACAGAAACGGCCUGGCCACCGCGGAGGAAGACUUCCAACCCUUCCGGCAGCUGGAGGCCGCCGCGUCUGCUGCCCCGGCCAUGCCCCCCUUCGCCUUCCGCAUGGCGCCUCCCGUGCUGAGCCCGAGUCUGGGCCUACAGAGGGAGACUCUCUACGAUCUGCCCUGGUACGGCAAGCUGCCACCGUGGUACCCAAUUCCUCACGUCCCCAGGGAAGUGCCGCCCUUCCUGAGCUGCAGCCGCGAGUACAUGGGGGCCAGCGGUGAAGAUCUGGGCCACCAAAUCACUGGUGGCCGCAACGAGAGUGACCCGUGUUGUGGACCCGAAACUUUCAUUCCACCGCCCCCUGUGGAUGCCUCUCUGUUACCUGAUGGGCUGAGGACUUCGCAGUUAUUACCUUGCUCACCAAGCAAGCAGUCUGAGGAUGGUCCCAAACCCUCCAACCAAGAGAGGACGUCGCCUGCCCGGUUCCACUUCACGAAGGAAGAUCUGCACUUCGUUCUAUACGGGACCACUCCCAGCCUGGAGCACCCAGCCAGCCUGCAGCAUGCGAUUUCAGGGCUCCUGGUCCCCACAGACAGCUCUGGAUCUGAUUCUCCUCCGCAAACUCUGGAUAAAGACUCCCUUCAACUUCCAGAAGGUCUGUGCCUCAUGCGGACCGUGUUUGGUGAAGUCCCACAUUUCGGCGUGUUCUGCAGUAGUUUUAUUGCCAAAGGAGUCAGGUUUGGGCCCUUUCAAGGUAAAGUGGUCAACGCCAGUGAAGUGAAGACGUACGGAGACAAUUCUGUGAUGUGGGAGAUCUUUGAAGAUGGUCGUUUGAGCCACUUUAUAGAUGGAAAAGCAGGUAUGGGGAAUUGGAUGUCCUACGUCAACUGUGCGCGCUUCCCCAAGGAGCAAAACCUAGUUGCUGUGCAGUGUCAAGGGCAUAUAUUUUAUGAGAGCUGCAAAGAGAUCCACCAGAACCAAGAGCUCCUUGUGUGGUAUGGAGACUGCUAUGAGAAAUUUCUGGACAUUCCUGUGAGCCUUCAGGUCACAGAGCUGGGGAAGCAGCCAUCUGGGCCCUCUGAAGAGUCUGCAGAAGGCUACAGAUGUGAAAGAUGUGGAAAGGUAUUUACCUACAAAUAUUACAGAGACAAGCACCUCAAAUACACCCCCUGUGUGGACAAGGGCGAUAGGAAAUUUCCCUGUUCUCUCUGCAAACGAUCCUUUGAGAAGCGGGACCGGCUGCGGAUCCACAUUCUUCAUGUUCAUGAGAAGCACCGGCCUCACAAGUGUUCUACGUGUGGGAAGUGUUUCUCUCAGUCUUCCAGCCUAAACAAACACAUGCGAGUCCACUCUGGAGACAGACCGUACCAGUGUGUGUAUUGUACUAAGAGGUUCACAGCCUCCAGCAUACUCCGCACACACAUCAGGCAGCACUCUGGGGAGAAGCCCUUCAAAUGCAAGUACUGUGGUAAAUCAUUCGCAUCCCAUGCUGCCCAUGAUAGCCAUGUCCGACGUUCACACAAGGAGGAUGAGUGCUGCUCCUGUAGCAUCUGUGGGAAAAUGUUCUCAGAUCAAGAAACAUUCUACUCCCACAUGAAGUUUCAUGAAGACUGUUAGCCUUGCCAGGCACAGUGGCUCACGCCUGUAAUCCCAGCACUUUGGGAGCCCAAGGCAGGUGGAUCACUCAAGUCCAGGAGUUCCAGACCAGCCUGGGCAACAUGGUGAAACCCCUUCUCUACCAAAAAACUACAAAAAUUAGCCAGGGAUGGUGGCACAUGCCUGGGGUCCCAGCUACUUGGGCAGUUGAGGCGGGAGGAUGGUUUGAGCCCAGGAAGCAGAGGUUGCUAUGAGCUGAGAUCGCCCCACUGCUUCUCAGCCUGGGUGACAGCCAGACCCGUCUCAAAAAAAAAAAAACCACUAGCCCUCAGAGCAUGGAGACACCGUGAAAACAAGGGAUUCAGAUUCUCUCUAUUUCUUAUGGGUUAUAGAAGUCCCUGCAGUU